UUCUAUUCGAUUUUUAUGCCGCGAAAAUUCAGAUACAGAUAACGUCAAGUGCCAAAAUAUGUUACAACCUUUAGACUCACUCUAUAACGAUAUCCUACGUGAUUAUAAUUUUAUUUCUCACUUCAUAUCCAAUAACAUAUCCAAACGUGCAGCAUGGUUUGCUGGUGCAGGCACCGUAUUCAAACAUAUUUUCGGCACCAUGGACGAAGAUGACGCAAACCACUAUAACACUGCUAUUCAAAAUCUCUAUUAUAAUGACAAAGUCUUAUCAAAUGUUGUUAAUAAAAGUCUAAUCGUGUCUCAGAUGGCAAUACAUAAUGUAAAUCAAUCUCUACAUGAAAUGAACAUAAACCAAGCCAAGCUAAAUGAUGCUCUAGAUAAAAUAACUAUAGUCGUUAACAAUAUGUCACACGCAAUACAGGCUGAGAAUUUCCAAGUCGCUCUUAACUCUAUGUUCAAUACUUUGCAAUCAAAUUUACUUUCUCUCUCAUUCAAAAUCGAAGACAUUCUAAACUCUGUCCUGUUGGUAAAAUCUAAUAUUCUACAUCCAUCUGUGCUAACGCCUAAACAACUGUAUCAUGAAAUUGUAAAUAAUCUUAAGAUAGUUCCUAAGGAUAAGUAUUUUCCAUUAAACUUAGAAUUAAAUAAUAUUCAUAAGCUUCUAAAUAUUGCUAGUUUAGUGUGUUAUCAUUUAGAUAAUAAAUUAGUCUUCGUUAUUAAGAUUCCUUUAGUUAGUACCGUAGAAUAUAAUCUGUACAAAAGUAUACCACUACCAACUUCACAUGCUACUGAUAACACGUUUGUUAUGAUACAACCCUUUGAAUCAUAUAUCGCUUUAAGUAAGGACAAAUUAUCUUUCAGCUAUUACAAAAACUUAGACUCUUGCCAAAAUAUUGCUACAAAAACUUACCUUUGUGAAAUUACUGACAUUUACUCUGUACCUGGAAAUCCUUCUUGUGAAAUUGAAAUAAUUACUAAGACUGUAUCAAAAUUACCUGACUCUUGUCAAUACCAGAUCCUGCGUGGUCAUGUAGACAUUUGGCACAAACUACAUAAUGAGAAAUGGAUAUUUGUACAAUCUGAACUAUGUAAACUCUCUAUAGAAUGUAGAAAUAAUAUAACCGAAACUAUAAUCUCAGGCACAGGAAUUCUUAACCUUCCUUUGGAUUGUGUAGCCUAUCACAAGAACUAUAGAAUUGCUAGGAAAACUUCUCCUAGAAUAAAUAUACCAAAAUUGACACCAACUUUUAAUAUUUUAAAUGAUAGCUGUUGUAAUUCUAAUAAGUUUAAGGAAUUGAAUUUGCUUACUCCAAAAUUGAAAAAUGUAAAUUUAGAUAAUUUAAAAAGCUUUGUAAAUACCAAUCAGCUACUUAUGAAAGAAUUAGACUAUAUUAAGUCUCCGAAUUAUUUACGUAUAGGUUUUCCUGUUUUAAGUACUGUAUUAUUAAUUUUAUGUUUUUGUGUAAUCAUUUAUUGUUCACCUAGAGCCAACGACCUGGUGUUCACUGAAGCGUAA